AUGUCUUUCCCAGCCACGGGAUUGGAAACAACGUACCGUAAUGAUUUGAAAGAUGUUGCAAAAUUACUAAAGAAGAAACAUCAGGAAAAUUAUUUAGUAAGUUCACUUGAUAUCGUAUACCGUAGGGCGAGUCCCACGAAGCAUUGUGCAAGAAAUGGUGUUUAACCUGCAUUUAUCGGCAUUUAAAAACAAUGUAUUAUUAUGUUUCUUGUAUAGGUUUUUAAUUUAUCGGAAAGAAGUUAUGAUAUAUCUAAACUUAAUCAUCAGGUGUGUAGAUAAAUUUUGUUUUAGGUCGUGAGGUGGAAACUUUUUCCUUUUUUUAUGGGAACCUAGGUUUAGAGCUCAAAAUUUUUUGCAAAAGGUUACAAAUGUAUAUAGGGGAAAAUAACGAAAUUCUCGUUUGUAACUGUCUUGUAGUGUUGUAGUGUGAAGCAAUAUGUCGUUAAGACUGUAAGACUAACAAGUACUGUAGAUACAGUCUAUACAGGAUUAAAAACAAAUUUCUUUCUGCUAUGUGAACAUUUUUGAUGAAAUUGUUCCACUGUAAUUUAGGUAUUGAUUUAGUAGAUUAAUUAGGUAUUCACACAAUCAUUUCAAUAAUCAGGUAUUUAAUAAUUUAGAUAUUCAAUCAGUGUAAUUUUCAGAAUUAGCUAUCAAAGAUCAAAAAAUGUCUGUGAAAAUUUCUGCAAAAAUUUAGAUCCCAAAAAGUUCAGGCACUAGGUGCCCUGGUUAUGAUAUUUUUCCACCUCUGCUUUAGGUAUUCUAAAAUAUGAUUCUGGUAAACUAGAGCGCAGAUUGUAGACUGGUUAUCCUAAUUAUUUCAUCUUACUGUAUAAACCUAGGUGUUGGAUUUCGGCUGGCCCGAUCAUCUCGCACCCCCGUUAGAACGUUUACUCAGGUAUGUAGUGUAUAGUUAUUAGUAGUAACAAAUUUGGCUUAAGGUUACAGAACAUCUUUGAGUGUUAAUUUUGCCUAAAAUUUUUUUUUGGUUUCCAUGAAAGCAUUAGACUAGUUCUACUAUCUGACCAAGUUUGAACGAAAAAUGUUGAAAACUCGCAGAGUUAUUUAAUAAAAUUCAUUUCGCUGCAAUAAGAAAAACAUUGAAAAUGUAAUAUUCAAAUUCAAUUUUCUCGCGAAGAAUUUUACGUAGACUACGACAUAGUCUGUGUGCCCCCAUUUCCGCCACGAGCGUCUGUGACGCAGGCUAAAUUUUACGGUAAUUACUGAUUUUCAAACAAGUUGUUCUCCUGCGGGUUUUAACCAAUUUUUCUCAAAUUUUCACAGGACUUAUAGCUAAAGACGUCAGUUUCAAAAUUGUGUUCGGCUUUUUUUAAUUUUGGAUAUUUUAAUAAUAAAGAGCAAUUCACUCAAACAAUUCAGAAAUAUAUUGUAGUCGUCAAAGAAAUCGCCAUAUCAGCGGAAUGACGAAAUAAACAAAAAUUUCCGAACACUUUAGAACAACUAUUUUACUGCAAUAAAAAUGAUAUUUUCGUAAAUAUAACUUAAAACCAGCAGGAGUACAACUCAAAAGCGUAACGGUACGCGAUUUAAGAUUUUCCUGAAUAAUUCUUACAUCAUUUUAUUGUUUGUUAAUUUUACAACUUUACCAUAUUUUGCAUGCGCUGGCGAAUAUUUGGUGAAAAUUUGAUGAAAAUCGGACUGAUAUUGAGCGCGCAGUAGCGAUUUUCCGCAAAACGCCAAAAAGGGUGUCCUGUAACCUUAAGAGUGUGACUACAUAUUGUGAAAGUGUUAACGAAAAGGUUUUAUAUUCUUUCUUUCAGCAUAUGUAAAUCAAUUGAUUCUUGGUUGAAUUCGGACCCACAGCACGUUGUCGUUGUCCAUUGCAAGGUAGACGUGCUUAAAGAACAUUGGCAAUAAAAAAUUAGUUGAGUUCAUUUCAAAGAACUCUUAAAACUAUAUAUGAUACUCUAUUACAGAUUGUUUACAUCUUGCUUAAAGUGAGCUGUUCAUCUUGGAUUAUUGAGGAUAUGCAUUAUGCAUGUUAAGUCAAUUAGAGAGGGGAGCUAGGGGGUCACACUAACUUUUUAUCUUCAGAGUAAGCGAUCAAUAUGGGUCCAAGAUUUCGUUUCUGGUUGCUGUCUUAAAUUUAGAAAUGAUUAAGAAGAUUUCAAACAAUUUUUUAUUGUUACUCUGUCAUUUUAGAGUAGUUUUAUAUGGUUAACCCAACUCCUGCAGAAGUCAUCAAAACCUUUAUCCUUUAUCCUAACUAGUAUCCCAAAGGUCGCGUGUUCGAUUCCCACCGUGGUCAGGCAAUUAACUUUUCAGCUUUCCCGGUGUGGAUACACACUCAGGCCCCAGUUACACGAUAUCGGAUUCGUAUCGUAGCGACAUCAAUUUAAGGUGUUUUCCAGUCUCGUCUGCUCUUACAACUUUUCAUAUAUGAAAUUUUUGUUUAAUUAUGUUAUAUUAUCAUAAUUUUAACUGUAAAUUUUAACUGAAGCAGUAAAAUUUGAUGUCGCUCCGAUGCGAAUCCGGUAUCGUGUAACUGGGGCCUCAGAGUAACAUCACAAACAUAGUUAAUGAGGUCAAGAAUUAGUCCCAAGAUGGCGAGCAGCUCAUUAAUUUCGGUCUAAAUAUUUCGAGAACUAAACAAGAUAUGACAAAUCGGUAAUAGAGUUUAUUAUAUAAUUUUAAAAGUUCUUUUGAAUGAGGCAAACUAGUUUUUAUUGUCAUGUUACCUUUAACAGAAUGUUUCUUCAACACAAUUUGUUCAACGUAUUAACAGGAUGCAUAUUGUGAAAUUCCUAUAUCUAGGGUGGAAAAGGCAGAACUGGUGUUGUCAUCGCAUCUUACAUGCACUACAGCAAACAGGCUGAGAGGUGGGACUUCUUGUUCUGACUCGUAGUUUGAAUAUACUUUUCAGAAACCUGUAUAUUAUUAAGUACACAUUAGAGAGUUUAAGCUUCGCGUUAUACGGCAAACGGCAAAGAAACAUUUUACUGUACCGGGCAAUACGGUGUAAAUGAACUUGCUGUUUAAAAACUGCAAUGCAUGAUUAUUCUUUCGACACAAGAAAGAAAAUAUGAAACGAAAACGUUUAGCAAAAAUUUUGCGAAGAAAGUUCGAACCAGCCGUUUGCCGUUCCCGGAAACGCAAAGCUUAAACUCCCUAUUGAGUUUUUUGCUAGCGCAAGUACGCGGCAAUAAUCAUUGGCGUACCAGUCAGGUAUGACUAAAAAUGUUAAAUCAUCGUACCCAACUAAAAAAAUAGGGUCUUCGCUCGAAAAGUCGAAGUCCUGUUUAUCUUUCCCAGGUAUCAUCUGUAUAUACCUGUGGAUUUUAUUUUUGCGGAGGUAGGCAAUCUUCAAAUGGUGCUAUACAAUCCUGGACAAAGCAUCUGUGACACUUCCAAUUACUUGACAAAAUGUCGUAAUAUUAUCGUAUAUUUAGAAAACUUCAUAUAAAACGGAUAAAACGUCCUUCAUUAUCCGACUUCGGAUAAAACGUCCAACAUUGUUUUCUUUUGGGGGGUGGGGGGUGGAGGGGGGCAAACGAGUAAAUUAUUCAUGUCUAACUGUUAAGAAAAAGCCUCAAAGGAAUGUUUUAAUAGAGUGUCGCUGAUGGUUUUGUCCAGGAUUGUAGGCUAUGGUACAUUAUGGAACUUUAGAUUCGCUACGGCUACGAAAUCUUGUACGACUACGAGAUUUUCCCUGUUAAAUAUCUGCUACUAUAGACUUUUUACCGUCCCUUCUUUUGCAUACCACAUCUUUAUAGCAACAGUUGCGCCACGUGCUAUUAUAAGUUUUUAGUAGCUGAUUUUUAAUGGAAAUAAUCUCGUAGUCGUACUAGAUUUCGUAGCCGUAGCGAAUCUAAAGUUCCCUAUUCUCGUACCCAGAACCCGUCUUAUACGCAGUCAAGAGAGCAUGACGAGGGUCGAGGGGUACGAAAAUGGGUUGCGCCGCAACUGCAGAUCAAAAUUUAGCCUCUGAACGAGAACAAAAUGCCAAGUGUGCCACUUGGGGCUUCCAUUGGAAAAUCCGAAACUCAAGGCUUAGAUACCUAGCUUUUUUGUGAUUUUUGGAGUAAUACCUAGCUCCAAGCCUCCAAAUGACUUUUGAAGUUAGCCAGUAACUCCAGGCUUAGAUACCUACAAUCCUGGCAAAAACUAAUGAAACAUUCAGUAUAAUUAACAAUUUAAUCUAUUCUUCCCCCUUACGAUGUUGAUUAAGAUGAGUAAAAAACCUACACACAGUGCUCUCUGCCAUCGAUGAACUAUUGAACACAAUUUUUUGACUCUACGGCCAACAAAUUUCAGGAGGGAGGGGAUUUUGUCUAUUUUAUUGAUUUUUUAUAGGUGUUUCAUUAACUUUUUGCCAAGAUUGUAGCUCCUAGAUUAUUUUUGGAGUUAUACGUAGCUUCAAAUGAUUUUUUUGAGUUAGCCAGUAACUCCAAUUACUAUAAUUUUGAAUUACACAAGAUACUCAAGUGAAUAUUUUGGUUUGGAGUUAGCCCUUUACACUUUGGAGAUAGCGUCGCUCCAUAACUUCCUACUUUCUGCAGCCAUGGGUAGUUGUAUAUCUUUUACACCGCAGCGACUUUUACCCCCCCCCCCCCACACACUCAUGCACAAGACUUUUCGUUUGCCAGAUAUUUCAAAUAAACUUAUUUAUAUUUUCAUUAUUUUCUAUGUCCUGAAGUCCCGAGGCAGCACUGGAUGAGUUUGCUAUGAGAAGAUUUUACGAUGAUAAACUAGGCGGUGUUACUCAGCCUUCGCAGCGCAGGUACAGUGCAGCACCUGAGUACAGGAUCUUAGCUUUUGGGAGUGUUCCUAGAGUAGCAAAAAGCACG